GUUCAUGUCACCAUAAUCGCCUGCAAUGUUAGGGAAAGAAGCCAGAAUCCAGUAUACACUAUCUUACUCGUCAAACAUUCAUCCCUAUGUCCCUUUCUAAGAAAAGCGCCUUCUCUUGUGACCAGUGCAGGAAGAGAAAGGUCCGAUGUGGCGGGGAACAACCUUUCUGCAAGCGUUGUGUCGCACGAGAAGAAACAUGUGAAUAUAAAUUGCCGCCAACACUAUCAUAUACCCAAAAGUUGGAAAGCAGAGUCGAAGAAUUGGAGCGCCUUGUGUCACAGCUACAAAUACCGCCAGCGAAGGAGUCCAGUGGGUCCCCGCAACCUGGAUCCCCUAAGCCGAGAAGUGGGCUUCCACCGGUCUCCUUUGAAGGCUUGAAAUUUGAUAACCAGGGAUCCAUUACCUAUCAUGGGGCAACAAGCUUUUUCCAUUUACCGAAUGCUGCGUCGGACAAGCCGUCGACUGGUAUUGUGUCAGAUGACCCGUCAGCAAGCCUUGAUGGCGAACGCAUAAGGCAGAAGCUCGUCAGCAAUGCAUGGCACCAACGAGCUUUGGAGACCUUUGCAGAAACGCCAGAACCGUUUCAGUUUUUGCUCAAAACCCACUGGUGUUGGAUUCAGCCGCUGUUCAACUUUGUGUAUAGGCCGGCUUUCACACGUGAUAUGGAGGUCUCGGGCCCGUAUUAUUCGCAUGCAUUGCUAAAUACUAUGCUAUCGCAUUCUAUUCGUUGGUGUAAAAAGAGCCAAAUCAGCCACCUGCUUGUGCCAUAUGAGGACGGCGAAGUAUUCUCUCGGCAGGCACGCACCUUGCUGUUUGAUGAGCUGAGAACUGGUCAAAGCAGAAUUCCUACAGUCCAAACUCUUCUCUUGUUAAGCGCACAAGAAUGUAGCUAUGGCAAUCGUACCCAGGCGUGGCUUUACAGCGGCAUGGCAUUUAGGCUGAUCGAGGAUCUCGGUAUCUGCAUUGACGGCCAGAAAUAUGCCGGGUCAGUGCGGCUAUCAGAUGAAGAUAUUGAGAUUAGACGACGUGUUUUCUGGAGCUGCUACUUCUGGGAUAAGAUGAUAAGUCUCUAUCUUGGCAGAUCACCAACGUUACAGCAUUCUAACGUUAGCCCGCCUCAGAUCAUGUUGGAUGAUUCGGCAGAAACCGAGCUUUGGAGCCCGCAUGGUAUUGUAUAUCCCGAAGGCAUGGAAUACGCACCAACACAGGCUCAUUCUAUAUCCUGCUUCGUGAGAAUGUGCCAACUCUCCGAAAUAUUCAAUCAGAUCCUCAUUCACAUCUACGAUCCGCUGCAAGAAAACUCCGAAGACGAAAUUCAGAAUUGUAUCAUGGUUGAAGGGGAAGCUCUGAAAUCGUGGUGGCAAGACCUUCCGAAUUUUCUCAGGAUCGAUCCCAGAGAGAUGCCACUUCAGUGCCCACCUAGCCAUAUUGUCACUCUGAACUGCUUAUAUCAUACCUUUACGAUUCUUCUUUAUCGGCCAAUGCUAUUUCAACGCUCAGAGGUCACCGACCAGAAACCAGAUCCGAAUCAUCUAGUGGAGUGUAUUUCGUCUGCCACUUCAAUUAUUGCGAUCUUCGACCUAUUUUGCAAAACAUUUGGAGACAACUAUUGUAUUCUCUCACUGUCUUACAGUGUUUAUACUGCAGCAUCGAUAUUCUUGCUCCAAGUUCAAGCUGGGAUGUCGCGGGAUGAACAGACCUUAGCACGGCUGAAGUUCUCUAUAUACUCCCUCGAACGGGUAAAAUCAACCAACCCAGUAAUUACCAGUGCAUUGGACCUAAUUACCAAGGCACUCUCCAAAUUAGACAUCGACCUAUCAGGACUUGCCAUCCAUAGUCUUACCCCUACAGAUUAUACCCCGCCUGUCCAGGGUGAAUUCCUCCCACUUCUACCCGAUCCGGUGCCAAUUGUACCGCAGGUAGGAGCAGAUGGCAACCUACAGGAUGCAUACAUUUACAAUUUCAAUCCUGACAACUUCGAGGUGACAAAGGAGAUGCUCGAAGCCUUUUCAUCUCUGGAGCCCGUCGAUGCGACAGUGUCGCGAUUGUGGUAAUAGGGCCAUUAAAAUAAUGAUGAAUGCCAGUAAUUCGUACUGGGAUGCUUGUCAAAGGCUCUGGCAGCCCAUGCAUAGAGUUCACACAUCAUCACUAUGUCACUUCGGACACGCUGAUACACGAUGCAGUAACCUGCUAUCUUGGCUUUGGAUCUUCAGCAUUAUAUUUAAAAAUCCUCUCUAUAAGGGUAUUAUCUUCCCCGCACCACUCCACCACACUUUCCACAAAUGGCUUGAUGUCUAAUCCUUCGAAUCGUGUAUGCGGCCAAUCGGAUGCAAACACUACCUGGUUCGGCGCAACUCUCAGCAGCUCUUUUGCCAUAGGCUCCAAAUCCAAAUGUCCAGCAUCUGGGCUCAGCCGAUAUGGUGCAGACAUUUUCAAAUAUGUACUUCCUUGCGAUAGAAGGUUGACGAGCGACGUAAAUCCCGGGAGGGAGUAUGGGUCACCAGCGACUGGAUACCCCAAAGUACCGGAUAGCGUUGGGCAUCCAAAAUGAUCCAAGCAAACCUUCACUCCCAAUUUCGGAACAACGGUCUCCAAUAUAGUUGCCGUAUUGAGCGGGACAUAAAGCUGCAACACCCAGCCAUAUGAGCGUAUUAUGUCCGCAUAUCGUUGCAAGGUGGCCGUGAGCUCAACUGGAUCCAUCUGCUGGCCCACAGAUUGCAGGUUGAUUCUGACUCCUCGGACCCCUAUCCUGUGCCACACAUCGAGAGUUAAAGAAUUGAUUGAUUUCGGAUCGAAUGUUACAACAGCGCGCCCAUUUUGGGGGCCAAUCCUGCGUAACGCAUCGAGCAUGCACGAGUUAUCGUUGCCAUAAAUUGAUGGCUGGACGAGAACGAUCUUUUGGAUGCCUAGUGUCGACUCGAAUGUUAAGGCGUCUGAUAGAAGAUGAGGUUCGGGGGUAUAUUGUGCCCCUUCGGCGAGAGGAUAUUGCGUUGGAUCGACUACGUGCAUAUGGCUAUCCCAUGAUUUGUGGGGGAUCUUUUGAAGGAGUAAUUCUCGAAUAGAGGCUUUCUGUGUUGGGCGUGAGCCGGUCCAGAAUUGUCUCCAAGAUGAUGCUCUGGCUAGAAAGAAAAUAGGACGCAUAAAGCGCCUCAUGAUGGAUCUGGCUAGGCCAAUCACAGAUAUGAUCAUUCUCCGCACAAGCUUUCAAGGGAUAUUAUAUAGAAUAUAGAUGAGAUAAAAGAGUUUGUAAAGGAGGCUCGACGAGAAUUCGCGUGGCUACGGCAUCACCAAGUCUUGUAAGAAGUGCGAAAAUGAAGAAAAAGAGAAUUACAAAUAUAUACUUCCAAUUAGUCCACCGG